AUGGCUUUCCACAACGGCAACUGCGGCUACCUCAGUGAUAUGGCUAAUGGUAGAAGCGAUCUUCGCGCAGCCUCGAACGGUUUCUUCUCCGACACCUCUCUCACCUCAAACCAAGACUUCAAAUCGGUCCAGCAAACUCCAAUUCCUGGUCAGCCGCUCGUUACAUUCCCCACACAUCAGCCUUCAGACAUCAAAUACGACUCAGGUAGAAGUCUGAUGAGUCCUCAGUUAAAUAGGGCUCAACGAGGCCAACCACACGCCCACGGUACAUUGCCGUCUUACCACGAGUCCAGCAUGAGAUCAGUCUCAUGUCCUAGCACGUCGACUCCCUACACUCGAGGAUACCAACAGACUUUCGCCAAUAGCAGAGAUAUAGAAGGUCAAGAAAGAUAUGGUGGAGUACCUGAAGGCGUGGGAUAUGAAGCUUCGAACAUGACUAUAAUGGGAAAUCAACACAACGCUGGCGCUGCUGGCUAUGGCCGAUCAGGAGACACAACUGCCGGCACCAUUGGCAAUGGCGGAAAAACCAUGAGCCACGGUGGAACCAACCUUAUCUCUGACUUUGGUUCGACUGUUCUCCAUGAUAAUUUUCCGAACCCUGAGCCUUACAACCUGCAGCCACGUAUGUUUUCAGGAGGCAAUUUGAACGAUAACUACCAACUUAGUUCGAGCCUUUGCGCAGUCGAUAGUGGCCGUAUAUCACUUCAGUGUCUGGUUCCUCGAUCAUAUCGCGGUCGUCUCAACUCCUAUGGUGGUCACCGUGAUGUUGGCCGUACCAAUAGCGUCAGCGCGCCUUCCUGUAAGGGAAUCCAAUCUGAGGACUAUCCAAUGAGUUUUGUCAGUGCUCAACAGCCUAAGGCCUACGUGUCUCCAUACCCUGAGAUCCAACAGACUCAUGAAGUGUCUCGUGGUGUCUCACAACGGUACAACACGGACUGCUAUUCAACAGGCAGUUACGACCCGAAUGUUGACUCGGUCAGCAACUGGAGCCAUGAUACUGCCCAACAGCCACCAGAAAACUUUCAAAAUUCGCCUUUCUCACGUCCUAUCAUGUACAUCAAGCAGGCAAGCGACCGUUUCGCAAACAUGUUUUCCAACACCGAAAAAACUGGCUUUGAUGGCCUUCCUUCACCUCAAACUCAGUCCGCUACAUUUUACAACCCACCAGCAUCAACAUACCCCACACUGGCCCGAAUCCUUACCACUGAAGAACAGGCUCAAGCAGAAUUGGAUGCGUACGAGUCGAGUGAUGAUGAUCAUUCGCCAUCGAACGUACCGACAUCCCGCACCAUUCUACUCGCUGACUUGUCCCGACACCAAAUCAUCUCAGAAUGGCCAAAGAAAAGUGGGAAAUACUAUGUCUUCCAAUGCCCCAAGUGUAAUCGUGUGAAGGGCUUCCAAACUGCCGUGAGCGCAUGGCAGCAUUUCGAUAAUCACCACCAUACUUAUACCAGCUCAAAGGAAGAUCCUGGUGACAAAGCUGUGGAAGUCUGUGGUUUCCUAGUCACUGAUGUUACUACCAAGGCUGCUGCUGAUACAUUCAACAGUGGCUCAUGGAAGAAAUUAAAGUACGAUAGGAAGGGGCAUAGGAAAUUUUGGCGUAGUGGUCGUGAUAAUGAGGGAUACGAUCUUGAUGGAUACGAUGUGGCGGGAUUCGAUAGAGCUGGGUUUGACAAGAGCUGGAUUUAG